UCUACCACUACUACCACCACUACUACCACCCCUACUACUACUGCCACUACUACCACCUCUACCACCACUACUACCACCCCUACUACUACUACCACUACUACCACCUCUACCACCACUACUACUACUACUACUACUACUACCACCUCUACCACUACUACCACCCCUACUACUACUACCACUACUACCACCUCUACCACUACUACUACCACUACUACCACCUCUACCACCACUACUACUACUACUACUACUACUACCACCUCUACCACUACUACCACCCCUACUACUACUACCACUACUACCACCUCUACCACCACUACCACCACUACUACCACCACUACCACUACUACCACCUCUACCACUACUACCACCACUACCACCUCUACCACCACUACCACCACUACCACCUCUACCACUACCAGCACUACCACCACUAACACUACUACCACCACUACCACCUCUACCACUACCACUACUACCACCACUGCCAUCACUACCACCUCUACCACUACCACCACUACCACCUCUACCGCUACCACCACUACCACUACUACCACUACCACCACUACCACAUCUACCACUACCACCACUACCACCUCUACCACUACCACCACUACCACCACUACCACCUCUACCACUACCACAUCUACCACUACCACUACUACCACCUCUACCACCACUACUACCACCCCUACUACUACUACCUCUACUACCACCUCUACCACCACUACUACUACUACUACUACUACCACCUCUACCACUACUACCACCCCUACUACUACUACCACUACUACCACCUCUACCACCACUACCACCACUACUACCACCUCUACCACUACUACCACCACUACUACCACCACUACCACUACUACCACCACUACCACCUCUACCACCACUACCACCACUACCACCUCUACCACUACCAGCACUACCACCACUAACACUACUACCACCACUACCACCUCUACCACUACCACUACUACCACCACUGCCAUCACUACCACCUCUACCACUACCACCACUACCACCUCUACCGCUACCACCACUACCACUACUACCACUACCACCACUACCACAUCUACCACUACCACCACUACCACCUCUACCACUACCACCACUACCACCACUACCACCUCUACCACUACCACCACUACCACAUCUACCACUACCACCACUACCACCACAACCACU